UCAACUUCAAAUAAAGCUACCCGAUUGAGGCUUAGUCUUGGGAAAGCACCUCGCAAUUACAACCCAGAGAAAACAUGGGGAGAGCUCCUUGCUGUGACAAGGCCAACGUCAAGAAAGGUCCAUGGUCGCCUGAGGAAGAUGACAAACUCAAGACUUACAUCGAGCAGCAUGGCACCGGCGGCAACUGGAUAGCCUUGCCCCAGAAGAUAGGCCUUAAGAGAUGCGGAAAGAGCUGCCGCCUUAGAUGGUUGAAUUAUCUUCGGCCAAACCUUAAGCACGGCGGGUUUUCAGAGGAAGAAGAUAACAUUAUUUGUAGCCUUUUUCUAAGUAUUGGAAGCAGGUGGUCCAUCAUCGCAGGGCAAUUACCCGGACGAACUGAUAAUGAUAUAAAAAACUACUGGAACACGAGGCUGAAGAAGAAGCUCCUUGGCAGGCAGCGCAAAGACCAACAGACUCGGGCUCGCCGAGGUAACAGCCUGAAGCAAGAGAUCAUGAAGAGAGAGAGCUGUGAUCAGACCUUUAUGGUUCCUGGAGUCAUGAACCAGAGCCCAUACUGGUCUGCAGAGAUCCCUGCAGCAGCGACAGUAAUGAGUUCAGACCAAGGCCCUACUGAUCUGGAUCAGGACCAAGUAAGUACUCUAAGGAGUUUGCUGAUCAAACUGGGGGAAAACUUUUCGGAUCAUCAACCAAACAGUACCGCCACCACCACCACCACUAAUUUUCAAUACCCCAUUGGGAUUAUUUCCUCGCCUCAAGAUCAUCAACCAUAUGCGAACACAUCGAGUUUUCUUGCUAGUACUUUUUCGGCAGCUACGAAUUGCAGUGACAAAACUUGUACUGAUCAAUUGUCCAACAUGUUUCAAAGGCUUGAAGACUUCCCAAACCAGCUUUGUGAGUUUGGCUAUGAAAACCCACCUCAAUUAGAUCAUGGGUUGGAGGGGUUUUAUGGAAUGGAAAUGAUCAAUGCUAGCACUGCAACAGCUUCCAUUUCUGGCGAAAGCUCCAGUUGGGGAGAUAUAAGCUCUUUGGUGUCCGACCAUCACGAAGGAAAUUGUCAACAAGGAUUGCCACAACUGCAAGAUUCUGCUUUUGAGAAUUUGAGGUACUUUGCGCCGGCACAGCGCUAGCUGUACGUGGGCGGUGUAAAUUUGUACCGACAGAGAAUUUGCUGUCAGGAUUUCAGAAAACCGAAAUGAAUUCACUCAGAGACUUGUUUGUUCUGCACUCUUGCACUUUCAUACUGACUGUUCUUUCUCAUAUAUA